GUCACAGCCAAUAGCCAGUUGAACUACGAGGAUAUUGGCUUCAGACGGACUGCUGAGAACCCUCCGGCCACCCAUUCUGACGCUUACAAACCAAACCAAACCCAAAAACCCUCCGGGGCGGCCUCGGUUCAAUCGGACAGCAGCACGGCAAUUGUUGCGUGCUCCCCGUUUUGUCUUGGCAGGCUUUCUCUCAUCUUAAUUGAUUUAUGAUUAUUGAGCCUUUGACCUGGUUCGUUUUCGCAUUCUCAGUUCCACGGACUUUGCGCAUUCAGAAGAGACGGUUGAAUGGACGCUAUUAUUCACCCUACACAAAAGCGUGUCUCAUGUGAGAACUGCCGAAAGCGCAAGGCAAAAUGUCUACGCCAGCACCCCAAUGAUUACAUAUGCUCGAGAUGCACUCUCCUCGGUGAAGUAUGCAUCGCUGGACGGCAGAAGAAAGUAGGUCGGCCGCGCGGGGCGUUAGGUUAUAGCGAAAGGGCUGUAAGAAACUCAAGUGCUUUGUCUACACGCUUUGGAAAAACCAUGUCGCAUGGAGCUGCUGGUGGUACUCAUGAAGAUGCCAUGUUCCCUCAAGAUAGUAACCCUCCGCCAUGGAGCAGACCGGCGUCACCGGCUCUCGCGCCAUCAUCAUUUUUCCCAGCGACACGGGAGGAGGGUUCAUCCGAGAACACCGAUCCCAACAUCGAAGCAGAUCUGCUCAACCUUGUUCUGCCGAUAACAGGCAAAAACACAGUAUUCUGGGAUGGCGCCUACGAACCUUCCAGGACUCUGUGCUCACUGCCAACAAACGAGUCAAAUUCGGGUCUUCUUACACCAACCAGUCGAUUGCUUCCCACAUCUCUUGCGAGCGUGCGCACGAUAGCCGGGUCAAACCAACUCCAUUCAAGUACAAUCACGGACUUAGAAGCCAUGGCCAAACUUUCUAAAAUCAACACAGACCUACACAGCCGCGUGGCGGCGGCUGAGACCAAUGAAGUCGAUCUUGACUUGAAUAGCCUCUGUUAUAGAAGCGGUCCAUUAUACAUUGAUAAAUCCACGCUUGUCGAGUAUGUGCUUGCGGCAUCUCAAAAUUUUAUCUUAGUCCUGCACCGGCUGCGCGCGAGCCGACCCACUCGUGGAGUACCAUGUGUUUCACUGUCUCUUGACUCGCAGACAGAUAUCCCUACCGAGGCUCGUGACAUGUUAGAAUCACUUGAGCCUUCGUGGAUUAGAGCACUCCGAUCUCCUUCGGACGGCUCAAGCCUUCCACAGUCUGGCCUUUUCCCGUCAACUCCCGGCGCUUCGGGAUCGUUGUCGGCCCCUCUCGCGCUGAUGAUCACAAGUAUAUUCGUCCAGCUCAUCACACUUUACGAGCUCAACCUGAGACACUUGAUGCCCCGUAUUGAGAGACUCUCCGUCGAGCCUAUUCUCAUGCCUAUUCCAGGCCUCACGUUCGAUGGUUUAUUGGUAGCAGAGCCGUGUACCCAAGGGAUGCAGUUCUCCGAAGUCAUUGUGAGUUUGCUGGAGAGAAUUGAGAGGUCUUUGGGGAUUGGCAUGAUGCCUGACGGAGGCGAAGCCGGUCUGCUGUCCGUACGACAGAUACAGACACUCUGGAGCGCGCUGCAGGACAACGUCGACAGUACUAGCGGCUAUGGUUUGACGAGGGUGGAGCAUGUGAAAGACAGAUUCAGGGCUGUUUAUACAACCUUGAAGCAAAUUGUACUAAAAUAAUACGUCAGGCUGAACAAAUUACAUUUUCACGUGUUGUGUGCGAAAAGAGACCAUGACAGUCAGUGUCUAUUUAAUUCACUAUUAAUAGAGGUUUGGAAUUACCCCGAGAGCUGGAAACUCGAUAGCUUAUACUGAGCGUUUGAGCUCAUUUACUUUAUUACCGAGACAAACUAAGAUUAAGCUAUUUUCGUAGAGCAUACAGAAUAUCAGUUGAAAUGUGUAUCUUUG